AAAGUACAUGGUGGAACAGAGAAGAUCAUGAAGGAGGAGACGAAAGAAAAUUCAUGAGAGGUCAUGGAAAGACGAGACCACUCGCAGCAGCAUAACUCGGAUGAUGAGAGCGAAGAUGCACAAUUGAUGUUAUCACUCACGAUGUCUGAAGCUGCCUCUCCCAUGCUGUAGUUUUGGGACGAGAUCGAAAAAUCAACUCGCUGCAUUAAAGGGGAUGGCUCGUUUGAAAACGAACGCUCUCCUGGAAGGAUUGAGUUUGGAGAUGUUCAAGCUGUUUUAUCAGCUGUCAGAGUCUAACAACUUUGAGGCUCUAAUCGUUCUUCUGGAAGCUCUGACCUCGGGUACGAUGCUUGCAAGCCUUGUGGUACAAGACUUGAGCAACGCCGUGUGGUUUGCGGGAGCAAACGAGGAGGACCAAGUCCAGCAAGUGCUGUCGUCAUGUUCAGACUCUCCAACGGAAUCCCUCCGGAGCCUUUUUCUCACCCUGAUGGUUGAAGAGAAUUAUCAGCUCGAAGAAGACAUCAAAUCCCUGGUGGACGAGGCGCGGACCAUGUCCUCCCUCUUACCUGCAGAACUGAUGAGGUGCGAGGUCGCGAGGUCUACUCGUAGUCUUACCUUGUCUUCAGGGAUGUGAUCGUAAGUCUGUCGACAAGUACUUCUCCGAUAGCUCGACUCU